UCCCUUCCCUCUCUCUCUACCCAUCUUUGUUUCCUUCCAAACCCACCCAUCUCUCUCUCAACCUCUGUUUAUUUCUUCCCAAACAAACCUUCUCUCUCUCAAGACAGCCCAUCUCCAUUUCUUUUCAAACCCAACUCUCUCUCUCUCUCUCUCUCAAACUUAUCUCUAUUUCUUUUCAAACCCAUCUCUCUCUCACUAUAUAAACAAGAAAAAACCCAUCUCUUUCUCUUCUCUCAAUCAUCUCUAUUUCUUUCCAAACCCCUCUCUUUCACUAUAUAAACAAGAAAAAAUCCACCUCUCUCUCUCUCUCUCUCUCUCUCUCUCUCUCAAUCCAUCUCUACUUCAUUCCAAACCCAUCUCUCUCUCACGAUAUAAACAAGAAAAAAACCCACCUCUCUCUCUCUCUCCAGCUCUUCUGAAAGCAUCUCUCUUAUCCUCAACAAUCCUCAAUACUUUUUCUGUGUCUCUCUCUGUCAACACAGUUCCCAAAACUCCCUUUUGCAUCUUCUUCUCUUUUUCUUAAGCCAUACAUGCUGCUCCUAUAGAGAAAGAUAAAGAAAGAACAUUCAGAUCGAAAAUUCAAUGGAAAAAGCAUCAAGAUCCAAGAGUAGCAUCUUUGCAUUCCUACCAAAAACUGCCCAAUUCUCGUUUUCAAACCCUCCCUUCAGCCCCAGCAGUGAUAAAAGGACGGAGAAUUUGAGUAAGUUGAAGACCCACCAAGGAAGAGGCUUCUCAGGUCCGAUCAUAUCGAUAAUUCCGGCGGAAGCACGACGGAAAACGAAGAACGGGAGCUUCGACGAACAAGAACCCACGUCACCAAAGGUCUCUUGCAUCGGUCAGAUCAAACACAAGAAGAAGAUGUGCAAAGCCAAGUGCAGCAUGCCGUCUCCCAAGCCAGAAAGGAAGCCAGAUAAGAAGGCUUCAUUCAAGAUCAGUAGGAUCCUACGUGGCAGUGGUGGUGCAACGAAGCCUGGCCGGAAAUCAGACGCAGAUGCUCAUGUGGUGGCCCAGUCAGCUCUAGCGCCUUCUUUGGGACAGAUGAAGCGGUUUGCCAGCGGUCGUGAUACGCUGUCGGACUUUGAUUGGAAGUCUUACGGUGGGCCACCUGCCGAUCGUCACAGGGAGUAUUACUCUGAUGAUGAUAGGGCUGGAAGUGAUGAUGAUGAUGAUGGAUUUAUUGUACCUCACUCUGCCCCGCUUGUAAUGGGUGGCCCAGUGACUUUUGUUGGUCCAAGGAAGGAAGUUAACCUUUGGAAGAGAAGGACCAUGGCCCCUCCUAGACCCCUUGAAUUCAAGAGGAAGUAAGGAAGGCAGUUUUUUUUUUUUUUUUUUUUUUUUUUUUUUUUGAGAUGUUGUAAUGGUAAAAUUGAUUUGGUAUU